UACAAGAGACUGAAACGAAUCCGGUGAGUAACCUAUGAGACAUAUGUGGUAAUACCUAUGUAGAGAUUGGAAGCUCUCUGAUGUGGUAUUCUAUGGGAACAUCCGUUGGUAAUACAGCUGUAUCACGAUUAAAUCAUUAAUUCCCCUCAUUCAUUUCUUUGCAUGGGUGUCAUUUCCAUUAGGUUCAUCCUUUUCUUUGGUCUAAACAUCCUUUUUGAUAAUAUUUCUUAUCACAUUCAUCACUCAUCAAAGAAUCCAAAUCACACUAGAAACUAGUUGAUAACAUAUCUCAAAAUGAGCGACGAGAACAGAACCAGCCCUCGGAGCUUCGCCAACAAGGAGCAUCAUUAUUCAGACAACCUCGAUGCAGCAUCCGUGGCUGAUUCUUUUAAGACGGAACAAGAACUCUAUGAUCACCAUGCAAAAAUAACACGAGACGUAUCUACAACCGCAACUCCUUAUCGCCCGUUCCCUCCCGUCAUGAAAGCAUUUUAUCAAUGGAACCUUUCUCUUGUCAAAGUGUUCUACCUCUGUGGACCGGGCGGUGAGGAUGAUCGCCUAUUCGCUGUUGAACAACACACUGGCUACAGUCUUAGCGGUCCUUUAGGGAUUCGUCCGGGCAUGAUUCUAUAUGAUGGAAUAUCGACUAAGGAUCGCAUCCUUGCCGCGUCUGGAGAUGAGUCACAAAUGGGUUGCCGUGCAUACACAUUCAACCCAAAUAGUAUCGUCUUGCUUCCACCCCGAGUACCCGGUUCAAAAUUCAUGGUUAGGGAGAUGAUGCAUGCACGAGGCACCGGGAAUGGGGUGGCAUUCCAAUUUUCCCUCGAUGUAGGAUUAAGUGAGGAGAAGAAGCGCCGUGAAACUUUCGAGUGGAGGAAGAUAAUGAAGGCCGAGAAAGAUGAAGAAGCUAAGCAAGGGGGGUUCAAACUCUUGCGUGUCUCAUCCAGCUCUAGCAAGGGGAAUAGCAGCAGGGCCGUGUUGUCCUCAGCAUCGUUGGCAACCACAACAACAGCGACAACAGAGAGCGGCAGCGAGAUUUUCGCUUUGUUCGCGUGGACAAAAACGAUUUCUAAUUUGAAACACCCGUUUACGCUUGAGCUUAAGGUUGACGGGAUGGCUGUCGGGCUAGGCGAGACUUGGACACUCGCGGUCGUGGUAACAGCUACGAGGCUCUGGAUGCUUCAUAUGUAUGGGAAAACGAACAGGCCCGUUGUUGCCGUAUCGGACAAGUUGAGAGGAAAAUGAGUACCUAAUUAACCACGCAAAGGGAAUUAGGAAGAUGCCUAACAGGAGAUUGGCAGUGCGUCAGGAGGUUGGUAGCCAGUUGGCGCGUUAUUAAUUGAUGAUUGAAUACUCCACCAGGUCGUUACAGGAGUCCAAAAUGUAUCUUUUACCUAACUAUCAACACUUCUCGAUACCGCGGGGAUAAUGAUACAUUGUUGGAGACGUGAA